UUCGAGCCUGUCCACGUGAAGUUGUCGCUCGGGUUCAGAGGGGGAAAGAGCUUAGGGUGAAGCGGGGCAGUGGCGACAGCGGUGGCUGUGCGCGCGCUCUCUUUUUCUUUUCUUCCACUUUUUCCCCACCCCUGUCUUAGUCCAGAGUUUUGGCUCCUCUCCUUUCCUCCACCCCCUCGGAGCCGGCUUCUCCCCCCGCCCCGUUGCUCCCCCACUAGUGUACGCUAUUUGUCGGGGGGUGGCCGAAGGGGAUGUCCUGUUUUCACCAGAGGCACAACGCGAAGGGGAAGCUCAGACAUUGGAAGGAACGAGAGUAAAUACCUAAAUACAGACGCACGGGCCGCGGCUGGGACAGACACUUGAACUUCAGAUCCCGAAGCGAUCCGGGCUUCGGGGAGAUAGUCCACUUUUUAAUUGAAGGAAGCUGCUUCUGUUUGGGGGUGGCUGGAGAAGUGAGAAAACCACAUGGAAGACUCCCAGGACUUAAAUGAGCAAUCAGUAAAGAAAACGUGCCCAGACCCAGACGUUUCAGAAGCUCAGAAUUCCAGGUCUAUGGAAAUGCAGGACCUUGCAAGUCCUCAUCCUCUUGUUGGAAGUGGUGAUACUCCUGGUAGCUCCAAACUGGAGAAGGCUAAUCUCAGCAGCACAUCUGUCACCACAAAUGGAACAGGAGGGGACAACAUGACUGUUUUAAACACUGCAGACUGGUUGCUGAGUUGCAACACCCCCUCUUCCGCAACAAUGUCUCUCCUUGCAGUCAAAACAGAGCCUUUGAACAGCAGUGAAGCGGCAACCACCACUGGAGAUGGAGCCCUUGACACUUUUACUGGGUCAGUAAUAACAAGUAGUGGCUACAGCCCCAGAUCAGCACAUCAAUAUUCCCCACAGCUAUAUCCUUCCAAGCCCUAUCCACACAUUCUUUCUACACCAGCAGCUCAAACGAUGUCUGCCUACGCAGGCCAGACUCAGUAUUCGGGGAUGCAGCAGCCAGCGGUCUACACAGCCUACUCACAGACAGGACAGCCCUACAGCCUGCCCACUUACGAUCUGGGCGUGAUGUUGCCAGGCAUCAAGACGGAGAGUGGACUUUCACAGACCCCAUCCCCGUUACAGAGCGGGUGCCUCAGUUACAGCCCAGGGUUUUCCACCCCACAGCCAGGCCAGACGCCGUAUUCUUACCAGAUGCCAGGUUCUAGUUUUGCACCAUCAUCUACUAUUUAUGCAAAUAAUUCAGUCUCCAAUUCAACAAAUUUUAGCGGUUCACAACAGGAUUACCCAUCCUACACAGCCUUUGGCCAAAACCAGUAUGCACAGUAUUACUCAGCCUCCACGUACGGGGCAUAUAUGACAUCAAAUAACACGGCUGAUGGCACAUCGUCGUCCACCUCAACUUAUCAGUUGCAGGAAUCUCUCCCAGGACUGACCAGCCAACCAGGAGAGUUUGAUACCGUGCAGAGCCCUUCCACACCUAUCAAAGAUCUUGAUGAGAGAACGUGCAGAAGUUCUGGGUCAAAAUCCCGAGGAAGAGGCCGGAAAAACAAUCCCUCCCCGCCUCCUGACAGUGACCUGGAGCGUGUGUUUGUCUGGGACUUGGAUGAAACCAUCAUUGUUUUCCACUCACUGCUCACAGGGUCUUAUGCCCAGAAGUAUGGCAAGGAUCCCCCCAUGGCUGUAACCCUGGGACUCCGAAUGGAAGAAAUGAUUUUUAAUCUUGCUGAUACACAUUUAUUUUUUAAUGAUUUAGAGGAAUGUGAUCAAGUUCAUAUAGAUGAUGUUUCGUCUGAUGAUAAUGGGCAGGACUUAAGUACCUACAGUUUUGCAACUGAUGGCUUCCAUGCAGCUGCAAGUAGUGCAAACCUUUGUUUGCCAACAGGUGUAAGAGGAGGGGUUGACUGGAUGAGGAAGUUGGCUUUUCGUUACAGAAGAGUAAAAGAAUUAUAUAACACCUACAAGAACAAUGUUGGAGGACUCCUUGGCCCUGCCAAGAGAGAUGCAUGGUUACAGUUAAGGGCAGAGAUCGAAGGUCUCACAGACUCCUGGCUAACCAACGCACUUAAAUCUUUAUCAAUUAUUAGUACUAGGAGUAACUGCGUAAAUGUCUUGGUCACGACAACCCAACUGAUCCCAGCACUUGCGAAGGUUCUCCUCUAUAGUUUAGGAGGUGCUUUCCCCAUUGAGAAUAUUUACAGUGCAACUAAAAUAGGAAAAGAAAGUUGCUUUGAACGAAUAAUGCAAAGGUUUGGCAGAAAAGUAGUAUAUGUUGUAAUUGGGGAUGGUGUAGAAGAAGAACAGGCAGCAAAAAAGCACAACAUGCCCUUUUGGAGGAUAUCAAGUCACUCAGACCUCUUGGCUCUUCAUCAAGCACUGGAAUUAGAGUAUUUGUAACUGUGUUCUCUAGCUGGAGAUCCAUUUUUUUUUAAUUUUAAUUUCAAAGUACACUGAAUUUUUAUGUGUGAUUCAAUGCCUCUGGCUUUACACAUAUAAAUUGUCUUAAAGGAUGAAAUCAUAUUUGGAAAGAAAAUUCCAGAAUGAAGAAUUCAGAUUGCUGAAUGGAAUUAAACUUUAGCGCUACAGAAAGGAAGCUCUAUGGUCUUAUAUUUACAACACUUUAAUGGUUUAAAAAAAAAAAAAAUCUGUGGAGGUUGCUGGUACACACCGAGUGAGUCCUCACUGGAAUUAACAGCUUUAGCAAAGAACGCUGACCCUGGCAGAACGCCAACACAGGCUCCGUCCGACAAGGUGGUGUUCAACAACAUUCCUCAAAAUGGGAGAUAUUCUCAGUCCUGAGGUUUGAAUCUGACUUUAGCCUACCUAGCCCAGAAAAUCUGAAUUGGAAUGCACUCAGACUGUAUAAGGACAAUCCUAUCUAGACCUGUAAUUUGUGUAAAUUAUUGAUGAAAAUAAUUUACUGUGACUUUAUUAGCAGCUGACUUUGCAAGUGGAUGCAAUUUUUCUUUCAUUUUUUGGGGAGGGAAGGGGGUGGGCAAUGGGAGUCUAAUAAUGUCUCUUUUUUAAGUUUGGCAAACAGAAUGUUCAUACUGAUGUGUUGUGCCUUAAAGAAAAGACAGCGUUUGUGUGUUAUGGUGUAACUGGUUAAAAUCUCUGUAGAUAAUGAAAAACAAAAACAACAACAACAAAAAACCUUUGUGAUCAUUCUUAAGAUGACCAAAUUUAAAAUUCAAGCUAUCAAAGUUUAAUACUGCAUCACCAAGAAACUGAGUAUUUGUUGCAAUAAGAAAACAAUGAUAAUAAAGGAAAGCUUGUAUUUUAUUUGGGUUCUUAAUAAUUCCAAUAAUUAUAUGAGGCAACUAUUUAUGUUUAUGAGGCAACCAUAAACAGAAGGUUUGGGAAAGACUGUGGGACCUUUACUUAGAAAGUGAAAUGUAUGUUGAAGUCUCAAGUACCCCUUUUUACAGUUCUUCUGGAGAAAACUAAGAGCCAUAUUCAAGACUACUUACACUAUUUUGAGUUUGACUUUUUGAUAUGUGUAAGUUGUGUAGAGAAAAAUAGUCUCAUUAAAUUCAUGAGCAAAUAUCACCCAAACUUUCUUAGGCUACGCCAUGAACAUGGCUUGAAAUUCACACUGAGUGAACAUGGCUUAAAAUAAAAGCUAAGUGCGUUCAUUCCCAAUGCCUUUGCAAAAACGAAAUGUCAUCAGUGUUGGAAGGCGAAUGCCCAAAUGCCCUCUGAAGAAAGGGUGAGUCAAUGAAAAUUUCACCUAGAAUGUAUCAUCCUAAAAUAAAUUGGCAAGCGAGCCAGAUCUUGGCAGCAAUACUAAAAUUACAACAGCGAAAUAGUAUCUGGUUCUCUGUCUGAAUGCUUCAGUCCAGUUUCUUUCCCUUAGAGACCCAUGCACCUUCAUUUCUGCCUGCCCUGUUCCUGCACAAUGGCUUGCAUUCAUCUCAAGGAGAACCUGUCAUCGGUGUGUGUGCAUGUGUGUUUUUUUUUUCUUGGUGUGUAGCCCAUGUUAAGAACACGAUACAAGUUCUCCUGUCAUUUUGCAUGACAUGAUUUCCCUUGUGGAAAUUUAAGACCUCAAGAUCUAGGAGUGUUUUAAUGGUGUCUGCACCUGCAGCUCUGUGUUUAAACUGUCCUAAUGUGGAAGCAGGAGUCCAGCUAAUAGGCAGCCCCCCUAAUCAGAGGGUGGUCUGUGAUAGCUCAUCAUCUGAGGCUUCGGUGGCUCCUGUGAGAUCAGUGCUUUUGGACACUGAUCCCAACAUUCACUAUGGAAGCGAGGUUUAAUUUCCUAGGUUGUAAACCUAUAUUUCUUUACUGAAUGCUAAGGCCAUAUUUACACCAGGCAGAAACAGCUAGAGAUCCAAGUUUGCAGAUUUUAAGACUCUGAUUUCAUCACACAAACUUUAAACUUAUUCUUUAAAUUUUGUAACUUUUGGCUCUUUCUGGCCCAAGCACUGCUGCAGAGAAAUUAAGCUUGCAAUAAUUUUAAUAAUAAUGAUGAUGAUCAUCAUCAUCUCACACUUCUAUUGGCACGUAGCUUGAAAAUGGCAGUUUAAAAAAAAUCAAAGAGCUGCACUGAUUAUCAAUUCUGUUUUGUGCACUAAAACCUUAUAUAUUUAUUACUGUGAAUGAAACAAUAUUCUCUUUCUAGCCAGUUUCUUUAAAUGAUAGAAUUGUGGCAUUGCAUCUAGACUCUUAAUUAUUUUUCAUAUCAAACAAGCAAGGAUUUUAAUGCUGCUAACCCUGCAGGGCCAGAAAGGAACAGUGGUUCACAGGCAAAGGAAGGGUCACCGAUGACAUGACCCAGUGCUGUUUCUCACAUAAAUUUUCUCCCCUUCUUGUGUGUUCAGAAGAGGCUGCUGGCAUAAAGCCCAAGCUGUUCAAAAAGAGCUCGUCCAAAACAACGGCACAAUAUGGCUCACCUCGCAGCCUGUCAUGCAACUUGGAGCAUGCUCAGACUAGAACUCUGCCCUUCCUGUGCGAGGAACAGAGGUUCUCUUCCUUUCUGAUCUAAAACAAAACAAAAACAAACAAACAAACAAACAAACAAAAAUAAGCCAACAAGCAAAAGGAACAACCUUUUUGGCAACUCCCACUUGCUUUUGACAUCAACUGUUGUGCCUUGUUAUUAACCAGUUCAGAAAACGUUCUGUCACUGAGUUUUCGACUAAUACGUGUACGAACGUGGUCCAUCACUAGGAAAGGUAACCACCUCGUGUCACACUUGAGAAAUAUCGAAGCAGGUGGCCUGGCUACAAUAUUAUAGCUUACAAGAUAAAGUCACUAUAUCCCUACAAAAGUUUGUAAGUCAAAUUCAGAGACCAAAAAAAAAAAAAAAAAAAAAAAUUAGAAUCAUGCAGUUGGUGCACAAAAAAGUGAAUAACUCUAAAAAUAUUUUUUCCUUAGUCUUGUGAGUAAAGAUUCAAGAUAAUGUCAACAGCAUACUCCAGUUUGAAGGUUUUUUCUUUGAAGUGGAUUUGUUUAUGACGAGCCUAUGUUCUCAGUGAAUAUGGCAUUUAGUAUUUCUUUCAAAAACAAAUUAAAGCAUCAUGAGCCAAAGUUGCAUUUUGACUCCCAACUAUGGUAGCAUUUUGGAAAUCUCACAGUCAAAGUCAAGGGUUUCUGUUAUGUAUUAGUAAAGUAUAGAUUAUCGGGGCCGACAUAAUUUAAAGAAAUGUAAAUUAAUAUUAAAAGCUUGUAAAAAUAUGUACAUCUUUACUAUUUCUCAAUAAAUACCUUUGGAAAUGUUUUCAUUU